AUGUCCAUGGAAGAGCGUCAGCGACUUUGUGACGAAGUAAUCCCUAAGCUUAAAGUAGCCUGCUUAAGAAGUUGUUUACGGGAAGCUAGUGAAAAAGUUUCUGGAAACAAAGCCGAACUCAUAGAGCGUUUGCGGGUUGCGCUACUGAAACGAAGGCCCGGCUCGAGCGAAUAUGAAGCAGUAAAAGCGGCCAUUUACGCCUACGCUAAAAUACCCGAGUAUUCUACCCACGGACAAUUAAUUAUACGUGCAUUUCCAGAUUACUCUCAGGCACCUAUGAACUCUACAAGAGAUCUUGUGUUUCAACCCUCACCCUUUUUCGAAGUGUUGGAUAGAAUCCCAGAGCUAUGCUAUUGCCCCGCAUCAGAUAAUAAUACAAGGGCGUCGGUCGAAUUUAGGUUGACAAGAAACGUAAUAGAUAAAAUACGCGAUCGGCACACGAGCAAUUGCCAACUGUGUUUAUUUUGCUGUUCUGAUAUUGAUUUGUCUACACAACGGAGGUCAGAAUAUGCUCUAAUGGAAUUUCCUCAACGAUGCGAAGUUUUGGUCAACAACAACCGAUUGGGUGGUGAUUUGAAGGGUUUGAAAAAUCGUCCAGGGACAGUAUCGCCACCCAAUAUAACACAUUUAAUUGCACUGGACACGUCGACUGUGAAUAAAGUCGAAAUGGUUUACGACAAAACAACCAAGGGCUAUACGUUUAUGCUACAAUUAGUAAGGAAAAUAUCGGUGAAAACACUUGUUAACAAAAUAGAAAACAAGAAAUUUAUAAGUAAAGAACAAGUCGUUGAGAAAAUGAAGCGGCAGGCAGAAGAUGCGGAUGUAGUUGCUACAACGAGUAUUAUUUCAUUAAAAGAUCCUCUCUGUCAUCUUCGUAUGAAGCUUCCUUGCAAAUCGGUGCAUUGCACUCAUAUAGAGUGUUUCGACUGUGAAAUUUUCUUGAAGAUGAAUGAACAAACACCUACAUGGACGUGUCCAGUGUGCAAUAAAUCAAUAGCAUCGUUGGAUGAAAUUGUGGUUGAUGGAUAUUUCAGGCACAUAUUACAAUCAGUACCAGAAGAUCAGGAAACAGUCACGAUCGAACCAGAUGGUUUAUGGUCAACGGGGAGACCGUCACCAUCGAAGAUUACAGCCAUCUCCAUAAAAAAGGUUUUUGAGGAAGUCAUCGUCAUAGACGAUUCUGACUCUGAAGACAGCGAUUCCGAUUUACCCCAGGAUACGAACAGAUUUCCAGCUGGCAAGGCACAUAUCAGCCGCAUGCUUUUGUCCAAGCGCGAUCGUCCAGUCGAAAUAAUCGAUCUCACUCUUUCUAGUGAUGAAGAAGAUAAUGACAGCUCUGCACCAUCCUCAAAACGUUUUUGUACGCCUUCAGUAACAACAUCACUUCCAUCGACAACAUCGUCAGUAUCGUCGACAACAUCACCGCUUCCGACGUCUACACCACCAACACUUCCGGCAACAUCUGCACUUUUAUCAGCUGCAACAUCAACUCCCUCACCAAAUUCAACAACUCUUCCACCUGUGACAGCAAUGCUCCCAACAACCGUAAAAUUAGAACUACCCAGAGUUCACCCUGGCAAUGCUUUUCUUCCUCCGCCAUCGACCAUCGCCUUAGGUACCUUACGGUCUCCAUCGCCUAGUGAUAUGUUCGGUCAAAUGGAACUUUUUCCGUGGGAUAGUUACAGUCGAUCGAUGCAAGUGCCUCCGGGACAGUACGCUUUAGACCCUCCCACAGUUAACCCGGCAAUAGCGCUUCGCUGCACUCCAGAAGUAUUCGAUCUGCUUGACCCUCAACUUCAAGGACCUACUGCUAAAGAUUUUUGUAUAAAAAACAUUAUGACUACGUAG